AUCUAUCCGUCAGUCAGUACGUUGCAGACCGUCGACGCGGUCGAUACUAUUAGUGCGGUUUCAGAAAGCCGAAGUUUCCAAUUUUUGCUAUUAAAAAAAAGAUAAUUAGAAAAUAUUUAAGUAAUAUAGAAUGUUUACUUUGCAAUAACUUCAACUUUUUAGUUAUUUCGGUUUUAUUAAGUGAGCGUUUCAGAUCACGAAAAAACUGUAUGUGAAAUAACUACGAGAUGCAGGAAGGCCUACUAAUUGGAUUUCACAUGAUCUCCUGUGCGCAAUUCGCGUUCUCCGUGUAUUAUGAUUACAUGUACACUAUUGUCCCUCCGAAUGUUAUCAAAAUACACAACAGCUACGGCGGGAAAUUCAAGUUCCUCACUUUCUGGGACGCGAUCGUUCAAGCGAUAUUUUUCUUCAUAUGUAUUCUGAAUGAUUGGUUCGGCACAAAUGCAGUUAGUCCUAAGAAGACACCAUUCAUACGUAAAUUAAAGGAUAAUAUACAUGCGAUCCUCGGUUUUCCAGUCGCCAUGUUCGUUGGAGUAGUAUUCUGGACUUUAAUGUUCGUGGAUCGCGAAUUGGUACUUCCAAAGGCGCUGGAUCCUUACUUUCCAUGGUGGCUCAAUCAUUUAAUGCACACAAUGAUCAUGGUUUCCACGCUAAUAGAAAUGAUGAUAGCCCCGAGAAAAUAUCCAAGGAGAUGGAUUGGCGUUUUAUGUUUAUUCUCCUUCAUAUUUAUAUAUUUAAUUUGGUUGCAUAUAAUUUUCUAUAAGAGCGGUAUCUGGGUGUACCCAGUACUAGAUGUAUUGCCGCUGUCGUUACGAAUUAUAUUCUUCAUUGCAAUGUUUUUAAUCGUCUUAUCCUUGUAUGUGAUCGGCGAAGCAGUGGACAACUUUCUUUGGGGUAACGAAUAUACUAAAAGUAAAAAAUCUUAUGCCAAGAACAAAUAGCCUCGCCCAUGGUGAUUAGCUGCGCUGACUUCGGUCAUACAUUAGCCUCCUCUAAGGUGGUGGUAAAUAAAAAUUAAAAACCAAUUUUCUAUCUCCUCCUCCUUUUCCUCCUCCUAUCAUCCCCCUACUCCAUUUAUCCUACAUUACGGCAUGCACGCGUAUCCAAUGGAUAAAUUUUCUUUCGGAAACACUUAAACAAAAACAUAGUAAUAUGUGCAUGCAAGGACGGAGUGCGUUAAUUUUUACUCAAAAGCAGAAAGCACGAGGAGAACAUGGUCGUUAACAACUUGUUCACUUGAAGAGGGUUGCGUAGCUGGAGCAUGUAGAUGUGACUUUUUUCUCUCGUGUGGUUUGUGUCAUAUGCAACAAAGAAAAGGGAAGACUAAUUGUAAUGACUAAAUACACUGCACACACUCUGAUGCCUGAUAUUCAUGGUUAUGUAAAUUAAAAAAUGCAAAGAAAUGGAAAGUAAAAAAAAAAAAGAAAAACACGGACAACACACAUACGUACACACGAUGCAACAGCUAGUACAUUUUUAUACGUUCAAUAUUUGUUACUCUGACAACAAAGAAAUGAAA